ACUUGAGAGGCUGGUUUUCAAAUCUCGGGGACACGCUCUUCUCCUAAUAUGUCUCUGGACGUUGGGUUGUUUUCCGUUUUGGAAAAAAGUCUUUCCUUAGAAAAGUCGGAGCUCGAAGCGGCUCAGCACUUUCUCGAGGAAGCAGCCAAAGUAGACCUUUUUGGUUUGCUCAGACAACUCAGUGAUGUUUUGGUUAACGUUGAGUGUUCUCCUCCUGUACGUAUGCAAGCUGGCAUUCAGCUAAAAAACGCCCUAUACUCCAAAGACCCGGCGCUCAAAACACUUUAUCAGCAACGGUGGUUACAGGCUCCAGUGGAGUCACGGGAGUAUAUUAAAAAAAACUGUCUUGCCGCCUUAGGAACAGAAACUACGACACAUAGUUCUGCUGCACAAUGUGUGGCUUACAUUGCAUGUGCAGAAAUUCCUGCACUUCAGUGGCCAGAUCUGAUGGAGCGAUUGGUGGAAAACGUGAUCACACCAAACAAAACAGAAGCAUGCAAGCGUUCAACAUUAGAAGGAAUAGGAUACAUUUGCCAAGAUAUAGAUCCUUGUAUUUUAGCUAGCCAGUCAAACGCUAUUUUAACUGCCAUAGUUUGCGGUAUGAAAAAAGAAGAACCAAGUGAUAGCGUACGUUUAGCAGCGACAAAUGCACUUCUUAAUUCUUUGGAGUUUACAAAACACAAUUUCGAUGUUGAUAAUGAGCGGAACUACAUUAUGCAAGUUGUUUGCGAAUCAACUCAGUCGCCAAAUCCUCAAAUCCGUGUUGCAGCUCUUCAGUGUUUAGUAAAAAUAAUGUCCCUUUACUACAGUUAUAUGGAGCCGUAUAUGAAACAAGCGUUAUUUGCCAUUACGUUGGGAGCUAUGAAAGAUUCUGUACCGGAAGUCGCUCUUCAGGGAAUCGAGUUCUGGUCUACAGUUUGUGAUGAAGAGAUCGACUUAGCUAUUGACGUUGCCGAGUGCUUUGAGAAAGGUCAACCUCCAGCGGUUUCUAGCAUGUUUUAUGCCAAGGGAGCCCUGCAAUUUAUUGUACCAAUCCUGAUGGAAAUUCUUGCCCAGCAGGAUGAAUCAAUGGAUGACGACGAGUGGAAUCCAAGUAAAGCCUCUGGUGUGUGUUUAAUGCUACUGGCACAAUGUUGCGAAGAUCCGAUUGUCAAUCUUGUCAUACCAUUUGUAAAGGAGAAUAUUAAGAAACCUGACUGGCGCUACAGAGAUGCUGCCGUCAUGAGCUUCGGCAGUAUUCUUGAAGGUCCAGAUCCUGCAGCACUCAAGCCCCUAGUAGAGUCUGCUAUGCCUGUAAUAAUCGAAUUGUUGCGUGACGAGUCACCAGCUGUUCGCGAUACAGUUGCAUGGACUAUCGGACGUGUUUGUGAAACCCUUCCAGAAGUUGCUCUACACGAAGCAUAUUUGGUUCCUUUGUUGACCGGAUUAGUUGAAGGAUUGUCCAGUGAACCAAGAGUUGCUGCUAACAUUUGUUGGGCAUUUUCUAGUCUGGCUGAAAGUGCUUAUGAUGCCGCCUCAGAAAAUUCCGGUCAUAAUGGGGAACCGAGGACCUAUAUACUAUCUCAAUACUUCAAUGUGAUCACAGAACGUCUACUAGCAACUUCUAGUCGACCAGAUGGUGGACAGCAUAAUCUUCGUAAUGCAGCGUACUCAGCCUUGAUGGCGCUUAUGCGAUCUGCAGCUCAAGAUUGUUAUUGUGAAGUACAACGUGUAACACUGAUUGUUCUUGAACGGCUAGAGUCAAUCAUUGGUUUGGAACAUCAAAUUGUUUCACAUCAAGAUAGAGCACAAUUUAACGAUCUACAGUCACUUUUAUGCGGCACUUUACAAUCUGUUUUGAGAAAGAUAAGUAAAGAGGAUGCACCUGUAAUAUCAGAUAAAGUAAUGUUAGCCCUCAUGUCCAUGUUCCGAACCACUACUACACCGGCUGCUGAAGGCUCUGGUGACCAAUCUGUGAUCAACGGUGAAACAGAUAAAACUAAAUUCAGUGAUGGUGUGCAAGAAGAUGCAUUACUUGCAGUAUCUGCGCUUGUUGAAGCUGUUGGAGAGUCGUUUGUCAAAUAUGUGAAUGAUUUCAUGCCAAUUUUGGUAAUUUGUUUACGAAAUCAUAGAGAAACACAAGUUUGUAUGAAUGCAGUUGGACUGUUAGGGGAUAUGUGUCGUGUUUUGAACAAGAACUUACUCCCACACUGUGAUGGUCUUAUCACCAUUCUGAUGGAAAUUUUACAAGAUAUAAAUGCACACAAAUCUCUUCGUCCUGCUAUUUUAUCUACUUUUGGUGAUCUCUCUUUGGCUUUGGGUUCAGAGUUCUGGAAAUAUCUUCCUAUUGUCUUAGAAACUUUGAGUCAAGCCACACAAGCUGAAGUCAAUUUGGAGGAUCCUGAUAUGGUUGAAUAUCUCAAUUCCUUGCGUACUAGUUGUUUGGAGGCUUAUACCGGUAUUAUCCAAGGUCUUAAGGGAGAUGGACCACAAUCUACUGCAGCGUUGGAAUUUGUCGCUGGUCAUGUAUCUCACAUAUUGUCAUUUAUCCAACAUAUUGGAGCAGAUUCAAUCACAACUGAAGAUCUUAUAUCUGCUUCAUGUGGACUGAUCGGUGAUCUUGUAUCUGCUUAUGGUAGUAGUAUUCUAUCACUUGUGGAAGUUGAUGGAAUCGCUUCUGUUUUACAAAGAGGCAGACGUGCUAAAGCAUCUCGAACUAAAAAUUUAGCAGUUUGGGCUACAAAAGAAAUUCGAAAAUUAAAAAAUACAACUAAUUCAACAACUUCUGUUUCCAAUUCAAGUUUAUCUCAUACAGCUACAACUAUUCAAGCUUCUCCUUCAGGAUAAAAAAAUGUAAAUAUUUCUCCUUAGUUAACCUUUUUUUUCUUAUAACUUUUCUGCUUUAUUUGUCACUGUCCUCCUCCCCCCACCACCAACAGUCGUUCUUUACAUAAUUUAGUUUAGUCACACGACCAUUAUGUUUAAUAAACGUUAUGAAACAUCUCUUACUCGCUGCGUACAACAGGGUAAUUAAAAACUAAGUAAUUACAAUCCUACUUGGUAUAGCUUGGCUUGUAUCUUCCCAUUGAGGUUCAAGACUGCGAUUGAGCAGUCUGUUAUUAGCAUACUGUGCGUAUGCCUCGAUAUUGCCUUAAUUCACAAGCUUUGUGUAAGCAAUGAUGGAUAGUGGCUAGCAGUGGAAUCCAGGACGCGCGUUUCGUCCUAUUUGGGACUCGUCAGCUGGAUCCUACAGUCAGUUAUGUCAAACUAUGCCUAGUAUAAAAACCUAAAGAUAUAGAGUGAAAAAUUACUACUAAUAACAUUCUACUAUGAAAUCCACCUGUACCUUUUAUAGAGUUACUGCCGGUCCCAAGCCCAGGUAAAGAAGAGGGGGGGUCGGCAACUCCGUCCUGUAGAAAGAAAUCUUGCCAACCAGAUAAAAUCCUGAAAUGAUUAUUCUUUCUUGUGAAAUGAAUAAAUCCCCCUUAACAGCUAAAAAAAUAUAUCCUACUCAACUGAAGCUAUUUUCUGAUGCCCAGAUCGAUAUCUUGUUGAUUUGUAUUGUUUACGUUCGUUUUGAACAAGACAAAUUAGCAUACGAUGGAUAUUUCGAUUAUCUUCUAUUCAAUAUCAUCCACUGAAUUGUGACUAGAUGUUAUGUAGAACCAUUCCUAAUCCCUUGUACAUAACUGUUUGAACUGGAGACCAAUGAUUUGGGAUUCAAAAGUGUUAUUCAUUUUUUGAUAAAUGGUUAUUAGUAGAGUAUUAAACCAUUAAAUUCAAUCAGAUGCUUCGGCUUAGUAUUCUUUCCGUUAUUGUUUCUGUGCUUGUAUGUAUUGAACUUGAUUGUGUAUGCUACGAUUACUAUGAGACUCAAUAACACAACACGAUGUCAAGCAGUUGAAUUGAAAAAAAACGAAGAAUAGUACAUAUGUCGUUGACUUUAGUGUUAAAGUAGUAUAUACGCGUUCUUAUCUAUGCAAAGGACAAAAUAUGAUCUUGUUUGUGAAUUAAUUAGCUAAGCAACUGAUUUCAAGUAAAUGAUCACACAUUCUUGGGGUAUAAUAAGGUAUGUUUGUCCAAGAUUUGUGAUCAUAUAAAGAACGCUUGUUUGCUUAAUUACAUAGUUUUUUUGUUUUAAAAUUUUCAGGUUCAGUUCAAACGACCCUCUAUUUCCAUUGAACAGCUUAUCCUAUAAUUUGUACAUUCUGC